GCUGUUGAAAAUUGAGAUAUGAUCACUCAGGCAUGUCCGAAAAGGACCAACUUCUUCUAUCAUAUUAGCCCAAAAUAUCUGCUUCUGAUUUACCAAAAAACAGAAGAGGCCACGUAGAAAAUAUGUUCAAAGAGCAGCUAGAAAUUUCAGUUUAUGAGAGGUUUUCUAAGCUUGCUAAUAAACAUCUAGCAGUUGUUCACGAGAGUCUAUCAAACUGUAUGGUUUUUUAUUUUUUGGAUUUUUAUUCUUCUUUCUGGCAAUUUGAGUUUAAUGGGGUCGUUGUUUAAAGUCUCAGGCAUGUGAAUUGUUCUGAAAAAAUUGUUUACGAGGUGAGUCUGAUUUGCUGAGAAUCAUUAAUUUGUCCUCCAUUUCGGUGUAUGUUGUUUCUUGCCGUUAUCCGGUGGUCUUUUUGUGUCCCCUGGAAACUUUUUUGCUUCUUCCUUUCGAUUUAGAUUGGAUUGGAAUAUGGAGUUCAAUCAUCUUCAAAUUUUGGUUUGAGGAAUGGAAGGUGGUGAUUUGAGCAAUGUGAGAACUCCAUUGUUGUCAAGUGAAGGAGAAAAGCUAAUCCACAAUGGGCAGACGGAAUAUUUUAACUCAGCUGAUGCUUUGAAGUGUGAAUUCUUCUCCAAAUUGCCUGAUAAGGUUCGGUCUGGGAUUGAUCCUGAGGCCCCUUUUCAUAUUGACCUUUCUAAAACCACUGGCUUGAUUGAAGGUGAAAAAGAAUACUAUGAAAAACAAUUUGCUACAUUGAGAUCUUUUGAGGAAGUUGAUUCCCUAGAAUUACCCCAUGUCAUUGAUGAAGCACAAGGUGACGAAGAACAAGCCCAACAUCAGAGAGCAAUUAACAUUUCUAAUGGGGCAAAUGGUUUUUUGCUUGCUCUUAAGAUAUAUGCAACAGUCAAGAGUGGAUCCCUAGCAAUCGCUGCAUCGACACUAGAUUCUUUUUUAGAUCUUUUGGCAGGCGGUAUACUAUGGUUUACACAUCUGUCAAUGAAAAGCAUAAACAUCUACAAGUAUCCUAUUGGAAAACUAAGGAUGCAGCCUGUAGGCAUUAUCAUCUUCGCUGCUGUCAUGGCCACUCUUGGCUUCCAGGUGCUGGUUGAAGCUAUAGAACAAUUGAUCAAAGACAAACCGUCUGAUAAAAUGACUUCACUGCAACUGAUCUGGCUAUAUUCAAUUAUGCUGACAGCUAUUGCUCUCAAACUUGUCCUAUGGUUUUACUGUAGAAGCUCAGGGAGCAAAAUUGUCCGUGCCUAUGCAAAGGAUCAUUAUUUUGAUGUGGUAACAAAUCUAGUCGGUUUGAUUGCUGCUGUUCUUGGUGAUAAGUUUUACUGGUGGAUUGACCCUGUCGGUGCUAUCAUCCUUGCACUCUAUACUAUAACUAAUUGGUCUGGAACUGUACUGGAAAAUGCAGUUUCGUUGGUUGGACAAUCAGCUUCUCCUGAAGUAUUACAGAAACUUACAUACCUUGUCCUGAGGCACCAUCCUCAAAUCAAAAGAGUUGAUACCGUUCGAGCCUAUACCUUCGGUGUCUUAUUCUUUGUUGAGGUUGACAUUGAACUGCCUGAGUACUUGCCAUUGAAAGAGGCCCAUGCCAUUGGAGAAUCCUUGCAGAUAAAGAUUGAAGAACUCCCUGAAGUUGAACGAGCCUUCGUUCAUCUUGAUUUCGAAUGUGAGCACAAGCCAGAGCACUCUGUUCUCAACAGACUCCCCAGCACUCAGCCUUGACCUUCAUUUUCCCAGACCAAAAUACUAUGCUGUCACCGGCUAACUUGGUGAACAUGACACCAAACUGUUCAGUCCAACGCAUUGGGAUGUAUAAAUUAGGAACUGCAUGACUUUAGUCCGGAGAAUCUGAGUUGGGAGUAGGAAAUAUUUAACUUUUACAAAUGAAUGUAGUUUUUGACAUUGUGUUUCCAAAGAUAUAAAACAAAAUUAUAUUUCAAUACAUUAAUCUCAAUAUAAAGAUUUUAUGAAA